GUGAACAUUCUAGUCCGGUUCUUCAUUAACCAGAAUAGAGGCUAACAAUUGUAAAUAAAUUAUGUUUUUCGUCUGCUGAGCUUCGUGUUGUCAGUAAAUAUGUCAAGCCGGGAUCCUUUCCCCUCCAAAAAGUUUGAGAACAACUUCAGUCUGAGCAGCUUCCGGCUCCAGCAGAGGAAAACAUAUGAUAAACCAACUCACCUCGCCCAAACAGAGGAACCCUGGAGUCGCCUCCAUGAUACAGCCACUUUGUCCAGCUCUCGGCGGAGUGUUAUGCAUUAUGAGCAUCAGGCUCCAAACGACAGCCUCGACUUCCACCUGAAGUCCGUCUACGAUCACCACAAGGACUUCUUCUUGGGAAAGAACCAGAUAUUAUACCAGAAGGAGACCGUCACUGAGGAUCACAGGAAGGAGGAAAACUCAAAGCAGGACAUGCUGGAAAAGGAACAAGAGACAGAUAUCAGAGUGUGGGUCGAUCCACAGAGGCGCUCCAUUUACAGCAUUAAGUGAAGCACAGGGCUUGACCAGAGAGAAUGAUGGCAGCCUCUAUUCAACACUACUACUGUCUCUGCUGCCAACAUGAGAGCCCCGUAAAUAAAGGAGUUCUUUCAGUG